UCCUCACACACUUUUCUUGUUUUCUCUCUUGCCGAAGUCACUAUGUCUUCUCUCCUGUCACUCUAGGGAGUUGUGCCUCGACACUCCUUCAUCUCACUCUCUCCCUCAAAAUCCUAAAACCUAAUGCUCUCUCUCACCUCCGACUCCGGUUCCGGCAUCCCUCUCUAUCGCGCUCUACUCUCGGUGUCUCAUCCCCUUACGGUUGUAUGCAGUACAAAGCACAAAGGAAGUAUGCAUUUACAUUUAAAGGCUAGGAUGCAUAUAUAUGCAAGGUAGUAACUAAAGGGAGAUGUGUUUAGUCCAAUAUAGGGGCCAAAAUCCAUGUUGUUGUCUUGCCUGGUGCAAGUGAGGAUGCUACUUUGAAUGCCCUUGUUGCUCCUGGAUUUGGUGUGGCAGCACAGAGGUGCAUGGUGCUAGGUGGUCAAGGAUUUGUUUUGAUAAAGUUUUGGGCAGCUGCACUAUUUGCACACUAUAACGAGUUGGCAGAGUAUGGUAGGCUUAGAGAGGGAACAAGUGUUAUUGAAGUGGCAUAUCUAUUGUGUUCGCGAACAUACCUGCUUAUUUUUUUCCUACUGCAGAAGCAAUCCCAAAUCCAAUCGACCCAGUUGGACCUAGCAGCGCUCACUCCUCUCGCAAUUUUCUAGGGUUUUUUCCCUGCUAAAUUGGGUGCGAAGCCAUAUCGAUCUGAAUUCAAAUCGUCGAGGUUUUGAAUUGGGGCUUCGUUUUUGCGAUCGGACGGAGAAGAAGGUAAAAGGGCGAAAUGCCUCAGAGGCACUCAAAGAACAACAACGACUUAGCUUUCUUCACUUACGAUGAGAAGCGUAAGCUUGGUUAUGGAACUCAGAAGGAGAGGCUGGGCAAGGACUCGAUAAAGCCUUUCGACGUUUGCUCUCUUUGCUUGAAGCCCUUCAUCGACCCCCUUUGUUGCCAGAAAGGCCAUGUCUUUUGCAAGGAAUGCAUUCUCGAGUGCAUGCUUUCUCAGAAGAAAGACAUUCAGAGGAAGUUAGCUGCACAUGUUGCACAGCAGAAGCAAGAGAAACACGAGGAAGAAGAGAAGAUAACCCAGCAGAAAGCUCGGGAGCUUGUUGCAUUUGAUCAACAAAACCAUGGUGCGGUACCCCAGUACAGUGAUAGAAACAACAGCCGAGAUAAAAAUGGCUUUCAUGGGGCAAAUAGUGUGAAGGCCACAUCUUUUGAAGAAGAAGCACUCCGCACGAUGAAAGCUUUUUGGCUUCCUUCUGCCACACCUGCAGCUUCUGUCAAAGUAGAGGCCCCCUCCACCAGUACUGUGUGUCCUGAAGGCAAUGAGAAACUUAAGCUGAAAACUCUUUUUCCUGUAAUCUUCACGGAGGACAAUAGCGACAAGAAAAAGUCAUCUUUGGAUAAGAGCUAUAUCUGUCCCAGCUGCAAGGUUACUCUAACCAACACACUUUCUCUUGUAGCCCUUAGCUCUUGUGGGCAUGUCUUCUGUAAAAAGUGCGCUGACAAGUUCAUGGCAGUUGACAAAGUUUGUCUCGUCUGCAACAAGGUAUGCAAAGAGAGGAAUCUGGUAAACUUGGAAAAAGGAGGGACUGGGUUUGCUGGGCAUGGAGAUCAUCUUGAAGCAAAAGACUAUAAGCAUUUGGGGAGUGGUUCAGGACUGGGGUUGGUCAGACCCUCAACGAAGACUUGAGUUGUUAAUCCAAUGCAGUAGGUUUAUUUUCUCAGUCCCCUUUAAAUAGUUAUACACUAUGCUUCUCUAUGUCUCUUCAGCUGUGAAUGAGCUUAUUGUAAGAUGGCCCCAACAUCAACGCAUCCUUACAUGCAAAGUCAAGUAUGGUUUUUGGCUAAUUUCGUUUUGUUAAAAACAGUUAUUCCGUAUUUUGGAUCCUAGCAUUAUUGCUAGUUGUUGGUUCAUCCCUUCA